AUGUUAUUAGCCAACUCCAACAGUAAAAAUAGAUUAUUUGUUUAUCCACAUUUUUUCAAAAAUAUUUUUUUAAUUUUUUAUUAUUCAUAUAAAUUACUUUAUGGCUUUGUGUUUUUUCCCAUUUAUCUUUGUUUUGAGAUGCAUUUUGGUUCAUUUAAUGCAAAAAAAUAA